GGCACUGGCUGGCAGGGAGAGGAAGGAAGCAGGCGUCAGAGAGGAAGUGACUGUGUUCAAGGGGUACCAUGAGCUGCUGCUUUAUUUAACCUGGAUUUUCGCUCAACAAGACAGUGACACGGGCCGUGGCUGCCUUCAUGUGCUGGUGCAAGCUUGGUGCCUGCCGGGAGGUGCCUGGGAGGGCCGGUAGCAGCUGGUGAGGGCCAGCAAGGCUGUAACAGUGACACAAAUGUAGAGAGACAAGACAGAAAAGCAGGAAGACCACCACCACCAACACCAGGACAGUGGAAGAAAGGGUAGAGACAAGCAAUUUUGUUGCCCAUGGCUGGUACUCUUCCUACAUAAAAAAAAAAAAAAAAAAAAAAAAACGCCUGGUCAAAGCCACAGCCAGGGGACGAAGCCGGACGCCGCUUCGACCAGCUGAUUGUUGGCUGGCAGGACCGCUAGAGUGACCGGCGACCCGCACACUCUUCUCAUACUCAUUCCUCCUCCUCUGCAGACACAAAAAUGGCUUCUCUGACCCGAGGUAUCUUCAUCGUGGGCGCCAAGAGGACACCUUUUGGCACCUUUGGGGGUAAGCUGGCCAAGCACACGCCCACUGACUUGCAGGAGGUAGCGGCCAAGGCAGCACUGACGGCUGCGAAUGUCAAGCCAGAGAAUGUGGACUCUGUGGUGAUUGGGAAUGUGAUUGGGUGCGCCCACACGGACACCAUCUACAUCGCCCGGCACGUUGGCCUGCGCUGCGGUGUGCCCAUCGAGGUGCCGGCGCUGGCUGUCAACAGGCUGUGUGGCUCCGGGUUCCAGUCGGUCAUCAAUGGUGCUCACGAUAUUCUGAUGGGGGACAGCAAGGUGGUGCUGACGGGAGGCACGGACAGCAUGAGCAUGGCGCCCUACGCUGUCCGCAACAUUCGGUUUGGAACCCGUCUUGGCGCUGACCUGACCAUGGAGGACACCCUCUGGGCCUCGCUGACGGACUCCCACUGCAAGACGCCAAUGGGGGUCACUGCAGAGAACCUUGCUGCCAAGUACAACAUUUCCCGAAAGGAUGCAGACGACUUUGCCCUCAGGAGCCAAACCAACUGGGCUACUGCACAAGAAAAUGGACACUUUACUGCCGAGAUUGCACCCAUCACCAUCAAGGGCAGGAAGGGGCCAGAGGAGGUGACCAUGGAUGAACACCCCAAGCCUAAGACCACUGCUGAGGGCCUGGCCAAGCUGCCCCCUGUGUUCAAGAAGGAUGGCACUGUCACUGCUGGAACCGCCUCUGGUAUCUCCGACGGUGCGGGCGCAGUGGUGCUGGCCGGGGAGGGGGCAUGUGGGGAGCUGGGCCUCACCCCCCUGGCCAGGCUGGUGGGGUAUGCCGUGGCUGGUGUUGACCCGACCAUCAUGGGGAUUGGACCAGCACCAGCCAUUCGUAAGCUGCUGAAAGUGACGGGCGUGGAAAUGAAGGAUGUGGGAAUGGUGGAGAUCAACGAAGCGUUUGCACCCCAGACCAUCGCUUGUCAGAGGGAGCUAGACCUAGACCCAGCCAUCCUGAACAUGAGUGGGGGUGCCAUCGCCCUGGGCCAUCCCCUGGGGGCAUCUGGGGCCAGGAUCACAGCCCACGUGGUGCAUGAGAUCAGGCGCCGUGGAUUGAAAUAUGGCAUUGGGUCAGCCUGUAUCGGUGGCGGCCAAGGCAUUGCUCUGCUCCUGGAGGCUCUGUAAGGCCCCACCACCUAUACCUGCCUGCCUCCUGCCUGCCUGCUGAGGAAAGGGGUGGAAGGAGUGUGAAGGGAAGAGAUGGUGGUGAUGGUGUUCUUGGGUUUGUUCAGUGCCUUUGUUGUUGUAUUAUGAUUGUGGUAAAUAUUGCUUACCUGUCUAGAGAUAUGGUAAGGUGUGUUCAUUAAUUAAUCACAGGUAGAGGGACAUUGUAUAUUACCUGUUUAGAAAGUAAAGAAUGUCUGUUUGUUGCUUUUUCAGUGAUGGGAAAGUGUGCUUUGCCAAAAACAAAAGAGAAUAAAGGUAAAAAUUUAAAAAUCUCACUUAAGAUAAAAUUUCCUUUAAAAUAGACUUAAUGAAGAUAAAGCAAAGAUGAUAUUAGGAGAAGAAUUAGGUAAAAAAUGAGUGCAAAUAUUAGUGCAGCUAAAUGAGGGAGUUAGGAAAGGUACAAAUAAUGAUAAGUGAACAAAAAUAUUAUAACCGAUAAGACAGAAUAAAAAACAGUUAAGUAAAAAAAUAUAUAUUACUGAAUUAGGGAAGGUAGAAAUAAUAGUAAAUAAAAAUAAUGUUAAUCAGUAAAAAGAAACUGAAUUGGGAAAGGUAAAAAUAAUAAAUAAAAAUAAUCAUCUCACUGACUAAGAUAAUAAAACUAAAGACAAAGAAAAAAAAAAAAACAUAUAUUUUCUAAUAGUUACCAAUAUAGUUAAUUAUAAGAACACCACCCAUUCCCCAUUCAAAACACUUACCAGUAGCCUCACCUGCCAUUAAUUACAGGUACAAAUUGCUCCUAUCAAGGUAUACAUGUGUGUGCCCCCUUCCCCCUCAACCCCCAGUGUUUUCCCCACAUAUGCACAAAACAAUGCAAUUUUUCUAUACAAUUAGUGAGUCUUAAAAUAAAAGUUAUUGGUGUUUA